CUGCAGACACCACCUUUCCUGGCUGGUCCCUCUGAGCUCCAGACACCAUGAGCCCUUCCUCCUGUAAGGUGUCCUGGGCCGCCGUGACGCUGCUGCUGCUGCUGCUGCUGCCGCCCGCCCUGCUGUCGCCCUGGGCGGCCGCCCAGCCCCUGCCUGACUGCUGCCGCCAGAAGACGUGCUCCUGCCGCCUCUACGAGCUGCUGCACGGCGCGGGCAACCACGCGGCGGGCAUCCUCACCCUGGGCAAGCGGCGGCCCGGGCCCCCGGGGCUCCAGGGCCGGCUGCAGCGCCUCCUGCAGGCCAACGGCAACCACGCGGCGGGCAUCCUGACCAUGGGCCGCCGCGCAGGCGCAGACCCGGCGCCGCGCCCCUGCGCCGGGCUCCGCUGCCCCGCGGUGGCCGCAGCGUCCGUCGCGCCGGGGGGGCCGCCCGGGCUCUAA